AUGAUAUCCCUGAUCCAGAACGACAACGACCUCAACUUCGCGAUCCAGCACGAGACAGCUCUGCAGCACAAACACCAAGCCCCGGACGCGAUGCUCCAGCAUCUCGCCGACACCAGCGAUGUUGGGUCUGGGUCCAUCUUCUCGGCCAUGUCGCAGAUGCAGGCGAUUGAGAGCGAGCUGCGCACGGUCCACGAGGAGAUCUGGAAGCUCAACCGAAAGGCGCACCGGAUCCUGCGCAAAUUCCCCGUUUGCUUUGAGCCGGUCAAACGUGCGGUGUGCGCCAACUGGGCCAGGCCGGACUGGCACAUGACGGAAUUCCUGCGGGAGGGUUGCGCGGGCCGCAGCGGGUGCUGCGGGCGCGGGUGCGGCUGUUGCGCCAGACCCCGGAGUGCGCAUCGCGCGAAGCGGGGCCAUUGCACCGCCGCCUGCACGUGCUGUGAGCGGGCCCGUGGCUUUGCGGUGGGAAAGCACGUUCGCUGGGAGCCCGUUCGUCUGCCGGCUCUGGAUGAUGCCGAGUGGAUCACGGGGGACAUGUUGCAGCUGUUGGUCGCCUAUGCGUUCGGGCUCACGGUGGAGAAUGACUGGCUCUGA